AUGGCGAAAGCUUCCCAUACAUUGCAAAAAGGUGCUGUCGUCCAGCACACCGCCAAAGCCCAUAACCUGAAAGGUCAACUGCCUGAAGGGAGCAUGGAAUCUUUGGCAACAACCAUUCGUUUCGUCACGCUGAACUGCCGAACACUAUCGAGUGAACUCCAACAAGCCGCUCUAUCCAGACUUCUGCGAUAUCUCUGUGUGCCUUUUGCUGCACUGCAGGAAACACGCAUGAGAGAUCGGCCCGUCAUCAGCAUCGAAAAUUACACCAUAUACUGCGGCGAUGCUGAUGAGAACAAAGUAGGUGGCUGCGCGAUAGCUGUGAGGAACGAUUACAAGAACCUGGUGGAGGAAUUUGGCUCAACGUCGUCUAGAUGCGCCUUUUUACGACUGCGGGAUCGCGAAGGAUGUAAACUCUGGAUCGUAAGUGCUCACGCACCUACGGAAACCCCUGAGGACAACAGUAAGGACGCCUUCUAUGAUGAACUCUAUGCGUUGAUGUCUAAAAUACGAGGCCAGCAGGUGGUCAUUGUCGGAAUCGACGCAAAUGCGAAGAUGGGACUCGAACAGCAAUCCGAUGUGCUAGGAAAAUGGUACUAUGCAGCGGAGCGCACGUCGGACAACAGUGACCGUCUGGUCGACUUGUGCGAACAGACGGACCUCAUCAUCGCUUCCACUUCCGUUUAA